UGAAUCACAGAUAGUUGCUGAGGGCUCCAUAAGUGGUGUCAUUGAUGGAAAGAAUUACAACCGUGGCGUGCGGGCACACAAGUACCUGUAUGAAGCACUGAUGAGGUUACCAUGGACUGAGUUCAUGAGAAGGCUCGAAAGCAGCGAUCCCAAUCAUCGCAUCACAGUGGCGUCUUUUUUUUUGAGCAGGUGGAUACACUGGCUAAUAAUUUGAAGGAAGAGAGCUUAGACCAGCUGCUUCAAUGCCCAGUCCUGCCCCAAGUGAUGACUAUGUGGAGAGAGUUCCUGAAUCAUCUUCAUCAAAGUAACGGUGAACUUUCAGCAUUCUGGAUGCCAUAUGUGGAUAUGGUAGAAGGAAAAGUUCUUGGCCUGUUGCGAGCAUCUCGUGAAGGUGACUGGGAUUUACAUCUCCAUUCCAUAAGAAUGAUGAUCCCUUGGUGUUUCGCUUACGACAAGGUGAACUAUUCACGAUACCUGACUCCUUACUUUGCUCAGAUGACAAAUCUCGGUGACAAAAAUCCUAAAGUACAGAAGGCAUUCAAAGAAGGCAGUUUUGCCGUUCAGUUAGCCAGCAGCAAUCCCUUUGGGAGGAUUCCAGUUGACCAGACAACUGAGGUCACAGUUAACAAAGAUACCCAGAGUCCUGGUGGAACCACACGCUUUAGCUUAAAACCUGCAACUGUUCAGCGCUACUACCUCACAGCAGAAUACCGAAGUGCAUUUCUCGGGCAGCUAAGAAACAUGGCACAAAGAUCCAACUCGGAAACGCAGCAUACAGAGCUUCAGUCAUCAAGAAUAAAGAGAGAUGAGCUCGCGGUUUCGUCCAUAGUUGACCUCAUCCAAGGCUGGGUUAAUCCAUUUUCCGAGAGCCAAGAACUGAUUAGCAUUUCAACUGCAAAGAAAGCCCCCAGAGAGAUUGCCACAGAGCUGAAAGCAGCACACGCGGUUGGUGAAAGAUGUUAUGCAAAGUUUAAAGACGAGAGGAUGGAGAAAACUCCUCAAAUCAGAAAAUUCCAUGACCCUCUGAAGACCAACAAACUUAAGACAUUCAGCGACAUGAACUAGAAGGAACAGGUGCAAACCAAGGACCGAUCGAUUAUUUUGAAAGCAGACAGGUCCUUGUUUGGAAGAAUCAUAGUUAUCGCACAAGAACGAAGCUUGCAGAUGAAUACCAUCCUUUCACACCCUCGUGGACCACUUCCCUGGGCCUUGUCAACUCCAGAUGGCCUUCUGAGAAAUACCAACAAGGCCUCCCUGGCAUCACUGUUACAGAAAAAUUUUCAGUUCUCUGAGGAAGUCCCUGUAAAUUCUGCUGCAGUUAUUGAUGGCAUGUCUCUGGUGCAAAGGCUAAAGGAAGAUCAACUGACCUUUGGUGAUGUCGCUAUGACUGUUCUGUCUAUGGCAAUGAAAGAAGGGGUGUGGUGUAACAGAAUAGACGUCGUAUUUGACACAUACAAGGAGCUAUCCAUUAAGAACUGCGAGCAACAACUGCGAGGUGAAGAGUCAGGACACCAGCUUGUUAACAUCACUAGUACACAGAUAGUUAGGCAGUGGAGGAAUUUCCUGACAAGAGUGAGCAAUAAGACGAGUCUUAUCACCUUCAUCGUCAACGAGUGGAGAAAGGAAGCAUGCAGACAGAAGUUGGAGGAGAAACUGUUGUAUGUCAAUGCUGGUGAUACGUGCUACAGAAUCACCGCGGAAGGUAGUGAGGUUCCAACACUGAAGUCUCAACAGGAAGAGGAAGAUGGACGACUACUGCUCCACGCUURCCAUGCAGCUAAUGAGGGCUUCAACUCUGUUCUUGUCUGUUCGGAGGACACUGAUGUAUUUAUCAUGUCCUUGGCAUUUAGCAAUGAGAUAGGAGCUUCCCUGUUCAUGAAAUCUGGAACUCGUACACGGACAAAUGUUAUUGACAUUUCAAAAGUUGCUGCCUCACUUGGUCCAGAAGUGUGCAAAGGUGAGGUACCAGCUGUUUUGUUCAAGAAGAGGGGGGAUAGAAAGCCACCAGCUCCCUCCUUGCAGAGAUUGUCUUGUGAAGCACGCAAGGAGAGCAAAUUAUCAGGUUGCCAUAUGGAAACGCCGUUUAGAGAAAGACCCACAGGUUCCGACUCUUGUUGGACAGGGAUGGAAGAUUGAGCAUGAAGAUGGUGUUGUCAAGUUAGUUGUUGACUGGAUGGACGUAAAAGCAGCACCAGAGGCCAUACUUGAGCUAUUAGCGUGUAACUCUACUAAAACGUGCAUCCCCCCUAAAUGUGUCUGUGUCACAAAUGGCCUAAGAUGCACUGAUAUGUGCAAGCUUGCUGAAUGUGAGAACCAAGGUUCUGUUCAAGAGAUCGAGAGUGCCGAUGAUGACGAUGGAGUGAGCAGUGAUGAGGAAUAUUAAACUGAACGCUUAAGAAGUUUCUGUGAAUUCUCACAAGUACUUUCUAUGUAUGCCAACUGGUAAAUAUAGAAAUUAGGUCACGUGACUCAUUUACUUAAUGAUAUUCUUAGCUAUACCCACGUUAAAGAACAUCAGAAAGAACGUCAGAAACAUUAAAAAGAGCAGGUUGAAUUAAAGUGGAUUGGAGUGCCUCGUAGUACAGUCUUACAAUUGUCUGUCAUGUAAAAAUGCCAUUUUAAAGGCCCUGGUCACGUGUCCAGUGAUGUAAACGACGGGAUAAACAACAC